CGGAAUCUGAAAGGUGGGUAUGGGGCGGAACUAAACUGAGGAGGUGGAAUCUCUCUAAAGAACAAUUCUGGUUGGACGGGAGGGGAGGCAGGGCUGUUUCUAGAGGGAGUGGUGUGCACGAAGGGGCGGUGCUAAAUAAAGGGGCGGGGUCAGUCAUUACAACAGUGAACUCACUCCUCUGGGUCAGAAGAACUGGGUCCUUGUACAAGUAUGGCGACUGAAGUUCCCGAGAGUUUGGGUCUGCGUGUGUCCAUCCUCCCAUUUCUGUCGGAUCUUUUCGCUCCUCAAGGGGAGUCGCAAGGGCCCCUGGGAGUUGAGGCUUUUCAGGGGUUGCUAUGGCACCGGGAGCAGGGCGAGCGCUUAGGCUGACACGGCGGUUUGGCCAGGGGGUGGGGCUUUUGGAGGCCCCGCCCCCACCGCCAUGCGGCCCAUUCGGACUGCCCUUUGGCGGUGCCUGGUCUUGCCCCUGUGCCUGGCCCUCGUUUGCCCCCUCUCUGUGGGGUUGGUCUCGGCCCGGGCCCCCAUCUAUGUCAGCAGCUGGGCCGUCCGGGUGUCUCAGGGUUACCGGGAGGCCGAGCGUCUGGCGCGCAAAUUCGGCUUCGUCAACUUGGGGCAGAUCUUCCCUGACGGGCAGUACUUCCACCUGCGGCACCGGGGCGUGGUCCAGCAGUCCCUGACCCCGCAUUGGGGCCACCGCCUGCGCCUGAAGAAAGACCCUAAGGUGCAGUGGUUUGAGCAGCAGACUCUGCAGUGGCGGGUGAAGCGCUCAGUGGUGCCCACGGACCCCUGGUUCUCCAAGCAGUGGUACAUGGUGAGCAGGCUGGGCCAUGUGGCUGGGCUGGGCCAUUCGGGAGCCCCACUAAUUCUAGCCCAUCUGGCACAGAACAGUGAAGUGCAGCCAGACCUAAACAUCUUGCAAGUCUGGAGCCAGGGGCUGUCAGGCCAGGGUAUCGUGGUCUCUAUCCUGGACGAUGGCAUUGAGAAGGACCAUCCGGAUCUCUGGGCCAACUAUGACCCUCUGGCCAGCUACGACUUCAACGACUAUGACCCAGACCCCCAGCCACGAUACACACCCAGUGAUGAGAACCGGCACGGGACCCGCUGUGCUGGGGAAGUGGCAGCCAUAGCUAACAACAGGUUCUGUGGUAUAGGCGUCGCCUACAACGCCCGAAUAGGAGGUGUGCGCAUGCUGGAUGGCACCAUCACCGAUGUCAUCGAGGCCCAGUCACUGAGCCUGCAGCCACAGCACAUCCACAUCUACAGUGCCAGCUGGGGUCCCGAGGAUGAUGGCCGUACAGUGGAUGGUCCUGGCAUCCUAACCCAAGAGGCCUUCAGGCACGGCGUGACCAAGGGCCGAGGUGGGCUAGGCACGCUCUUCAUCUGGGCAUCCGGCAAUGGUGGCCUGCACUAUGACAACUGCAACUGUGACGGGUACACCAACAGCAUCCACACUCUCUCCAUCGGCAGCACCACCCAGCACGGUCAUGUGCCCUGGUACAGUGAGGCCUGUGCUUCCACCCUCACCACCACCUACAGUAGUGGCAUUGUUACUGACCCCCAGAUUGUCACCACGGACCUGCACCACCAGUGCACUGACAAGCACACAGGCACGUCGGCCUCUGCCCCUCUAGCUGCAGGCAUAAUUGCUCUGGCUCUGGAGGCCAACCCAUUCUUGACAUGGAGGGACAUGCAGCACUUGGUGGUUCGAGCAUCCAGGCAGGCACAUCUCCAGGCUGAGGACUGGAGGACCAAUGGUGUGGGGCGCCAAGUGAGCCACCACUAUGGCUACGGAUUGCUGGAUGCCGGGCUGCUGGUGGACUUGGCUCGAGCAUGGCUGCCCACACAGCCCCAGAAGAAAUGCAUCAUUCGGGUCUUGCACACCCCCACCCCCAUCCUGCCACUGAUGCACGUGAGGAAGAAAGUGUUGGCUUGUGCUGGUCGUGCCAACUACAUCCGCUCACUGGAGCAUGUGCAGGUGCAGCUGUCCCUGUCCUACAGCCGCCGGGGGGACCUGGAGAUUUCGCUGACCAGCCCUAUGGGCACCCGCUCCACACUUGUUGCCAUCAGACCCUUUGACAUCAGUGGCCAAGGCUACAACAACUGGAUCUUUAUGUCCACCCACUUCUGGGAUGAAGACCCACAGGGCUUGUGGACCCUGAGCCUGGAAAACAAGGGCUACUAUUUCAACACGGGGACACUGUACCGCUACACGCUUCUGCUCUAUGGGACGGCUGAGGACAUGACAGCAAGGCCCACAGGCUCCCAGAAUGCCACAGUCCCAUCUCCAUCCUGGGCCACCUCUACCUCUCCCACUGCCCAUCACAGAACUUCAGUCUCACCCGCCAGGCAGUGACUGCUGGGUCUGGGUGCCUGGCCACAUGCACCCUGCAAGUGUGCACCAGCUGCCACUUCUCUUACACUUGCUGCAGUGGCUCCACUCAGCUGAACCACCUGCUGCCUGCCAUACAUACUGGACUAGCAUGGGUGCUCCUGCUCAGGACCCACCCCCCACAAAGACCAUCUCCAGCCCCCUGGGACUACCUACCCCUGCUGUGGAGACCAUAGCCUGGCCCAGGCCAUGGUGCUGACCCUGCUGGCCAUAGCCUUUGGGAGCCCCCUCCUCUGUAGCAUCCUCUCUACAGGCUGCUCACUCCCCUGUGUGGGCCCCUCCCCAAUGCCGGAGGCCACCCCUGUUACCACCCAGUCCCGACUGCUGGCUGGACACCAGAAACAUCCAGUAAGGAAAGCCAAUGUACACCUUGGCUUAGGUCUUUGGCAGGCACUGCUGCUCCGUUCUCUCAUUCCAGAUCAGCAGUGGGCGUGAGAACCUGCUUCUGGAUGGCCCUGGAUGGCCACCAGACCUGCAGGCCUGGGAUGGUCUGUGUGGAAUCCUGCAACCUGGACUUGGAAGGUCCAGGUGAAAGAGAGAGAUAGAGAGAGAGAUGUCUAGUUACACGGUUAAGAUGUUGGGAUGGGGUGGAGUUGGAUAGGGCAGAGGUCAGAUCACAACUUUCACCACCAUCCCUUCUCAGCCCCAGAAUCUUGGGGAAGGUGGAGGGAGAGCCAGCGACACUAUCCAGAGUCUUGGGCACCAUGUCUGACUUGAGUUUGCAAAUAAAUGUUGAAUAGGA